AGCCUGGAGGGAAGCAGCGUGCCACGUUGUCCUGCCUGCCCAGACAGAGCUUGUGUAUCUUGUGUCUGCACGGGAAUACCACAGAAAGGGUAACCACGCAAGUGAUCAGCAACUCCACGGUUGGAUUAAGGACAUGGAACGUGUGAAAGACAUGCUGCGCACGAAAUUAACCGGAUGGGUACAGGACAUGCAAUUCGCCAGCAAACAGGUGGAGCACUACGAGGUGGAAGAAGACAAGGACAGGCCAGGGCACUUGAUAAUCAGGCGGACGCUGUUGAGUGAACGCCUGCUGCGCUAUCAGCCGUGGAGCCCCUCCUUUGACGACGACUUCAGUGCGCUGUGCAAGGAGCGGCAGCCAGAGGCGUCGCAAAUGUUCAGCCUCGCUGACGAACUGUACGCCUUCCAUCGUUUCUACUGGUACACUGCAGCUGACUACAUCUAUUCAUUCUACAAAGAUGACUUCAAGAUUGUAGAUUCGGUUGGGCCAGAUGAGUGGCGGGCGGGGGUCGACGCCGCGCCCAGGAGACAAAGCCCUGCAGGGCUCCGGGCUCAGCCCAGAAGGGCUCACUCUCAGAGGCCCUUCACUGAGGCCCUGCAGUGGAGGGGCGUGGUGCUGGGCGCUCCUCCUGGAGAACAGCUGACACGCUGCACGCUGCGCUGUUCUCCACCUCCAGUGGUGCUCCGUCCAGCUUCCACGUACGUGUCCCUGUUGCCUCGGUCUGACACACAACACCUAAAACUGUCGCGACUGAGUAAAUAA